UUUUAAAAAAGAGAUUUGCUGGUCACAUCCUUACCUCAAUACAUAAAGUUUCUGACACCUUGAUUGGUUGAUUUCAGAAUUUUAGUAAAUACACGCCACUGUCUAAUUUUAGUUGGUUGUCCCACGACACUUUUUCUGUGCAGGUUCAAUUUUAUAAUUUAUACAAGAUGGCUUUAUGCUCUCAAGCAUUUAAUAAUUCAACCAAGAGAAGUUGUCAUUUCAGCAAUAGUCAUAAUAACCAUAAUAAUAACAAAAGGUUAUGCUUUGGUGUUGGUGAUGGUUCCACUGGUAAUGGUAGUACUUUCCCAAUAUUGACUCGUAAAAAGUCUGUUUGCAUUUAUUCCUCAUCUGAUGAAGAAAAUGAUUCUACUGAUGAACAAGGUUCUUAUAAUGCUGAUCAAAUUAGAGCCAAGAGAAGGGCUUCGUCUAGAAUUUCAUUCUCUAUGAACUCUGAAUUGUCAAGAGCCAUGUCUAAAUAUAGUGAUGAUGAAAGUGAUGAUGAGGUUGAUAAUCAUAGUAAUUAUAAUACUAGUAUUAGCCACAGUAGAAGCAAUAGUAGCACUACUAAUGUCAGUGCUGCAGCAGUUGCAGCAGCAGUUGCCGCUUCUCACAGUCGUCGUAACUCUAACAAUUUGCAUGAUUUCAGUAAUGUUGAUUCUGAUGAAGAAGAUAAUGUUUUUGACAAUUUAGACUGUAAAUUAUCAAGCAGUCCAGUUUCAAGUCACCUUAAUUUAAAUAUUACAAACAAUAAUCAUAAAGGUGGAUUCAUUCAAAUUUCUGAUAGUUCAAAGAAUUCUACAUUCAAAUCUGUACCUGAUACUGAUAAGAAUGCUAGAUCUCGUUGCUUUGAUUAUUUAGUUGGAGCCAUUGAUGAAGCCUGGGCUAGAUAUUGUGAUGCCACUACUCAUGUCGAAGAUGAAGCCUAUGGUUAUGUGACACCAAAUUCAGUUGCCACUGAUGAUGAAGAUUAUCUUGAUAAUACAACUGAUUUUACUGAUUAUGAAGAUUCUGAUUUUGAAUUUUCCAAUCACCAUAAACAAGCACAAGAAGCUCAAAAGCUUCAACAAUCACAACAACAAAUGCGUCCAUCUAUGAAGCCAUCAAUGUCCAAUUGCAGCAUUUCUUCCAAGCAAGAUCCAGCUUCUUCACAAUUGCAAGCAUUGAAGGAUCGUUUAACCAAGGCCAAAUAUUAUUUACAAGACUUGGUUGAUUCUGAAGAUUCAAGUGAAGUUAAUUCUUUCUGGAAGCGUUGGGAUAUGGUCAAGUAUGCAACCAUUGAAUUGGUUGAAGAUGAUGACGAUGAUGAAGUUGUUGAAACAACCAUUGAAGAGUUGGAAAAUGGCCGUUUAUUUGUUAAUUAAACAAGCUAUUAAUAAGAUGCGCGAGCAGACAAGACAGGAUUUUUUCAUACUGUUCUUGGGUCGAUGCAUUUUUUUGCAACUCGAGGAAGUUAAAGCUAUAAGCAUACAUUAACUUUCAUGAAGAAACAUAAAAACACAGAAACAGAAAAACAUAAAAACAAAAAACAAAAAACAUAUAUAACAGAGAAACAAAAGAUAGAGAUUCUCAUCAUACCAUCACCAUUCAUAUCAUCAUAUUAUUAUUAUUAUCUACUGCCUUCAUUAAACAAACAGCAGUGAUACACAGGUUUAAAUUUCAUUUUAUUAUUAUUAUUAUUAUUAUUAUUAUUUACAUUUUUCAAAUUUGGGUCCAAUUGAUUUUUGAAAUUUUUGUUCUUAUGUCGAAUGACUAAUGAAGCGAUGAAGACACUCUGACUAUUAUUUUGCUUCUGUCUUCAU